GUGUGUGUGUGUGCGGCGGAAGUUUGACGCUCGGUGAAGACGCGCUGCAGCUGCGGCGGUAAAACGGACGUUAGGCGGCGGAGCGCAGCAGACCGGGCCGAGCGGCGGACAGCACGGAUGGCUCCGGUACGGACUGACUGAAGGAUGGGCUCCGCGGCGACGCAGCCAUGGCCAGAUCCACCAACAGAACCGCCGAGGACGGGGACCCACGGGUGACCGCCCAUGACCGGGGCGAGCCGCGGGACCUGGCCGAGCCUCGGGAACUGUCUCUGGAGGAGGUGCUGAAGUCGUACGAGCAGCCCAUCAACGAGGAGCAGGCUUGGGCGGUGUGCUACCAGUGCUGCAGCGGGCUCCGACCGCCCCGCCCGCCGGCCCCGAGGGUCCGCCGGGUGAAGGAGCCGUCCUCCAUCCUCCUGCACCGGGACGGAACCGUGUCGCUGCGGCCGGAGCCCCCACACGACGGUAGGACAGCCGUUGCCUGCAACUUCCUUCCAAACACAACUGCGAAAAAGUGGAAUUUAACAUCUUAUCGCUGCUGUGUAAAACAAAUUAGCCUCACAGUCUACCUUUUCCACGUGUGUAUAUUCCAGUAUUCUAGAAUAGGUGUGCUGAUGUUUUCUUGUUUUCAGGUUGACGGAGAUAUUCCCACCAGAGUGAAGAGAAACGCUCAUGAACUGAUCCUGGACUUCAUCAGAUCCAGGCCUCCCCUCAAACCGGUUUCAGAGCGAAGCCUUCCUCCUCCUCCUCCUCAGCAUCAGUCGCUCCAUGAACGAGUUCUAGCCGAGAUCAAGCAGGAGAGGAAACUCCGACCGGUGGAGCCGCCGAGCGCCAGACCGUUCGGCUCGCUGCCCUGCCUCGCUCAGACGUGUCCCUGCAAUGUCAAAUCCACGUCCUGCAUCGACCUGUCGGUGUCGGAUCCUCGGCCGCCGGCUCGACCUCGAAUCCUGCUCAAGGCCCCGACGCUGGCCGAGAUGGAGGAGAUGAACAUAUCGGAGGAGGAGGAGUCCCCAGAUAACGGCGAGCUGAGGAGGACUGAAAGUUCCCCGACUCCCCUGAAGAGGGACCGGUCGUUCUCCGAACACGACCUGGCCAUGCUCCGAGGAGAGAUGCUGCCUUCACUGUCCGAGUCCACCGAGCUGGGAGGGACGGUCCGACUGAGGGGGGAGAGGCCGAGAUCCAGAACUCUGACCGGAGCUGGACCGCUUCCUCAUUACAGAGCCUCCUUCCCCGUCCACGGCUGGGUUCCUCCGUCUCCGGCUCGACUCUCUCUGAGCUCCGUGGACGAAACCACCGAAGGACCGGAGGCCACGACCCGAUCCAGACCUGGAGACGAGCAUCAGUGGAUGGAGGAGUUCAGUCAUCCUGUGGAGAGUUUGGCCCUGACAGUCGAUGAGGUCAUCAACGUGCGCCGGGUUCUGGUCAAAGCGGAGAUGGAGAAGUUCCUCCAGAGCAAAGAGCUUUACAACAACCUCAAGAAAGGAAAGGUUUGCUGCUGCUGUAGAGUCAAGUUUCCUCUGUUCUCGUGGCCGUCCACCUGCUUACUCUGCAAAAGAUCAGUUUGUGGAUCCUGCAGUGCAAAGAUGAAGAUUCCCUCUAAGAAGAUGGCCCAUAUCCCCGUCUACACCGUCGGCUUCCACAGCACCCCAAAGAGCCACGGACACAAAAGCCAAGUUUAUAAGUCUCUGCGUAGUUUGUCUCGCCGCUCGGUGGAGGAGGAGUUUCCUCACCUGUACGCUCACGGCUGCACGCUCAGAGACAUCUGCGCCGAGUGCACCAAGUUCGUGGCCGACGUGAUUUCAUCGAGCCGUCGCAGCCUGGACAUCCUGAACAACACGCCCAAGAGGGAGGCCCGACCUGCUGCUGCUGCUGCUGCUGGUUCUACUGCUGGUUCUACUGGUUCUGGUCCUGCUGCUCCUCAGAGGCCUCAGCUGCAGCGUCAGGCCAACCUCGAGGCCUUCCCUCCACCUCACCGCGCCGAGACGAUCAGCGACCAAUGACACUUUAUCUGACACACUGUGCACACUUCCACAGGAACAGUCCUUUAAGGGUUCUUUAAAGGUUCUUUAAGGGUUCUUUAAAGGGUUCACGCACAGCAGAAUGGUUCUAAACGAGUGAAGAGUGCUUCUCCAAACGCCACUGGGUGGUUUAAAGGUUACGCUCUCAUAUAGAAACUGUUUUCUGAACCCUUUCUAGCCAGAAUCUCAGCACCUCCUCCUCCACACCCGUCAUCUUCUCCCUCGUCUCACCCGCCACAGACGCUUCCUCCUGAAGGCCCGACGCUGUUUCAUCCACAGCAUGACCCCGCCCUCAGAGCAGCCGGAGGUAGCAUAGAGCUGUUAGCGUUUUAGCUCCCUGUGGUUGCCUUGUUUUUGUCAUGAAUGUAACUUAGAGAAUUGUAAAAGCUUGUACUCAGCGUUUAUUUUCAAUCAUCCUAAGAAAAGUAAAUAAAAAAAGGGAUUUGUAACGAGUAGCUGCUGCUGCUGCUUAACGAGGAGUCUUUCCUGCCAUCCCGUGCUCGUGAAGUCCGGCUGGACGAGGUCUGACGGUGGCGGCGACACUGUGAAUGUAAACGGGUGACGAGCAGACCGAACCCCCGCCUCCGUCACUCUCCCCACGGACGCUUCUGCAAUCUGCUCUGGUUUUGUAAACACUAAGUAAACCUCAGCUGCAAUAAAACCUGAUGACAGACACGA